ACUAAGAGAGAGGAAGUUUGAAAGAGAAGGGGGGGUUUAUUGAUCAUCAAUGGCAGGGGGAGGAUUUCUGGACCCAGAGGCUGCAAAGAGGGCUCACCUCUAUGAGUAUAGAAUCACAAAUGCUUUUAUCUUUGCCUGCUGCGUUGCUGCGCUUGGAGGUUCUCUUUUCGGAUAUGAUCUGGGUGUUUCUGGUGGUGUGACUUCCAUGGAUGACUUCUUGAAAAUUUUCUUCCCCGACAUUUUAGCAAGGAAACACAAACAUCUCAAUGAGACAGAUUAUUGCAAGUACGAUGACCAGAUCCUCACGCUCUUCACUUCCUCUCUCUACUUCGCCGGCCUUGUUUCCACAUUUGGGGCCUCAUAUUUGAGCAGAAUAAAGGGAAGGAGAGCAAGCAUUCUCUUUGGCUCUGUCAGCUUCUUCCUUGGAGGGCUCCUCAACGCCUGCGCUGUCAACAUCACCAUGCUCAUUAUUGGCCGAGUUCUUCUGGGUUUCGGCAUUGGAUUUGGAAAUCAAGCCGUCCCUCUCUAUCUCUCAGAAACAGCACCUCCCAAGAUCCGAGGCAUGAUUAACCAACUUUUCCAGCUAACUACCUGUCUCGGCAUUUUUGUGGCGAAUAUUAUCAACUUCUUCACAGACAAAAUCCAUCCAUGGGGUUGGAGAUUGUCUCUCGGUCUAGCCAUGGUCCCUGCUGCUCUUAUGUUUAUUGGGGGUAUUUUCCUUCCUGAAACUCCCAAUAGCCUUGUUGAGCAAGGUAAAUUAGAAGAAGCAAGAACCAACUUGGAAAGAAUUAGAGGCACCCCUAAUGUAGAUGCAGAGUUUCAGGAUCUCCAAAAUGCAAGCGAAGCAGCUCGUGCCAUUAAACAUCCCUUCAGGAACAUUUUCGCAAGAAAGAAUCGCCCACAAUUGGUUAUAGCAGCUUUGGGUAUCCCAGCAUUCCAGCAACUCACCGGCAUGAAUUCCAUACUUUUCUAUUCUCCAGUCAUCUUUCAGACAGUGGGUUUCAGCUCAGACUCCUCUCUUUACUCAUCCAUUAUAACCAAUAGUAUGCUUGUGCUUGCGACUUUCGUUUCCAUGUAUAUUGUUGAUCGGAAAGGUAGGAGAUUCCUCUUCUUGGAAGGUGGUUGCCAAAUGAUCAUCGCCAUGCUGGUGGUGGCCAUUAUUCUUGCCCUCGAGUUUGGACAUGGAUCGGAAAUUCCUAAAGUAUACGCAGCAAUCCUAGUUGUAAUGGUUUGUUCUUUUGUUCUUGCUUUUGGUUGGUCAUGGGGUCCUCUGGGAUGGUUAGUACCAAGUGAGCUCUUCCCUCUGGAAACAAGAUCAGCUGGGCAGAGCAUAGUUGUAUGCAAUAACCUCUUCUUUACAGCACUGGUUGCACAGUGUUUCUUAGUAUCUCUCUGUCACCUCCAGUAUGGAAUCUUCAUACUAUUCGCAGCCUUGAUUAUGGUCAUGACCUGCUUCAUUUACUUCCUCUUGCCAGAAACAAAGCAAGUCCCUAUAGAGGAGAUAGUCUUUCUUUUUCAGAACCACUGGUUCUGGAGACGAUAUGUUGAACCAUCAGAUCAGAACAUCGUGCCGGAGAACUUUAAAUAAAUCUCCACUUGGUCCAAGAGAUUUCUAUCUUGCAUUUG